AGAUGGGGUACAUCACUGAAGAUCUUGUUAGAAGACGUGCGGAACAUAACAACUGUGAGAUUUUUUCACUGGAAGAAAUCUCUUUACAUCAGCAAGAAAUAGAAAAACUAGAAUAUCUUGACAAAUGGUGUCGAGAUUUAAAAAUUCUCUAUCUUCAAAAUAAUCUAAUUCCAAAAAUUGAAAAUGUGGGCAAAUUAAAGAAGCUUGAAUAUUUAAAUAUAGCUUUGAACAACAUUGAAAGAAUUGAAAAUCUGGAAGGCUGUGAAGAGCUGAAGAAACUUGACCUGACAGCAAAUUUUAUUGGUGAACUCUCCAGUGUUGAAGUUCUAAAAUAUAACAUACAUCUGAAGGAACUGUUUCUAGUGGGGAACCCAUGUACAGAAUUUGAAGGUUAUAGACAAUUUGUGGUCGCAACUCUUCAUCAACUGAAAUGUCUGGAUAGUAAAGAAAUAGAACGUUCUGAGAGGAUUCGAGCAGUUCAAAACUAUCCACAAGUGAAGCAGAAAAUCAGAGAACAGGAAAAAGCUUACCUUCUCAAAAGAGCCAGAGAGAAAGAAGAUGCUCAAAGAAGGAUGCAAGAAAGGAAGGACAAAAAAGAAAAACAAACAGAAUCUAAGCUUGGAAUUGACAGCCCAGACUACCUACGUGACAAUGAAAACCAUCGGUCGGAAAUAGAGCAGCAAACAUGGGAAGAAGUUGCAGAUGAAGAAGACAGAAGAUUUUGGGAGGAGCCUACACCGUAUACGCCAGAAUCUAGAUUAGAAACUCACAGAUAUAUUGAAGAAAAAAGGAGAGCUAAAGAUAAUAUCAGGGAGUCAAAAAAGAAAGAGAAGCCACUUCGGACUUUGGUCACCACAGAAGGAAAAGCUCUGAAUGUAAAUGAGCCUAAGCUUCAUUUCUCUUUGGAAGAUGAUGAAGAAAACAACCAAUUCAUCUUAGAUCUUGCAGUUUACAGACAUUUGGACACUUCUCUGCUUGAUGUUGAUGUCCAGCCAACUUACAUACGAGUACUGGUGAAGGGAAAGCCAUUUCAGCUUGUGCUCCCUGAGGAAGUGAAGCCAGAUAGUAGCUCUGCUAGAAGAUCACAAACAACUGGGCAUUUAGUUGUCAGCAUGCCAAAGGCUAAAGAAAUAAUCCUGGCUAAGCAAAAAGCAUCAACUUCAAUUAAAACUUCUGACAGUAAUACACUGCAAAAAAAUGCAAGAAGUGGACAAGUUGAGAAGUUAGAAGUGGAUCCCAGUAAAUAUUCAUUCCCUGAUGUGACAAAGAUAAUCCAAGAAAAGGAACAAAUUGGACAGGGACCUAUUAGGUUACAACCAGGAAAGAUUACAGAGGCUCAGAAGAGUUAUGCUGAUGUUGAAAAUAAUGAAGAUGUUCCACCAUUAAUUUGA